CGCCUCACCUAACUCGCGGGCGCUGCGAACAGAUGAUACAGCAUUGCGCGGUAUGAGCUCAGAAAUUGAACAAAAGAAAUCAUCCUAAAACAGGGAAUGGUGGGAGCACGGAUGUGGAAAAUAUAGAAGUUAUUUUGAACCCAUUAGCAAAGGCAAAUCAUUAUUUGGGCCCUGAUUUAAAGGGUAGUCUUUUGGCAAAUUUGCUGUAAGCMCGUUGCUCCCCACGAAAGCCAGCUACAGGGGAGGGACUGCCGAUUUCUCGACUUUGCAGCUCUGAAUGAAGGGGAGGGGGUCCGUAGACCGAAAUUGAUGGUAGUGGGCUACGGAGGAAGACUACUCUUCUUGACAUUAAAGGCAAAAUACACAUUUCAGUCGAACACAGCAGAGUUGGUGAAACGGGACGGUGGUGAAACAUGGAGAUGUCUGAGGGGCUGUCACAGCAGGAGAGACUCCAGGCUAUAGCGGAGAAGAGGAAGAGGCAGACAGAGAUUGAGAAUAAGAAGAGGCAGCUGGAAGAUGACAGGAGACAGCUCUCUCACCUCAAGCAAAAGUCCCUGAGGGAAAGAUGGCUGCUGGAUGGAGCUGCUGGCUCGGAGCAGGACGAGGCCAAGAAACAGCUUGCGGAGGACGAAGCCAAGCUCAAGGGGAUGGAGGAGAACAUCAUUAGAAUGGAGCAGGAACUGGAGGUGCUGGAGACGGGUGUGUCGGCGACCUCUACCAAAGAGAGCCUGACAGACGCAGCAACGAAGGAGGAAGCCAAGACAGCAGACAACAAAGCUCCGGCAGGCACUGUCCAAGUGGUACACGAGGUGAACGGGGAGAACGGGGUCCACCAGCUCAGCGCCAAUGAGGUGGACGAGCUCAUCCACAAAGCCGACGAGUCCAUGAUGAGCGACGCCACCACCGCUGGCGCCACCUCCACUGCCCCUGUCGUCCCCACCGAUGCUGAGUUAGCCGCGGAGCAGCAGAUGACACCACAGAAGGAGAUCACUGGCAUGGAGGCCAAGGCGGGCGGCGCCAGUCCCCAGCCAGGUGGAGGCGAGGUGGAGGCCAGUGCUGAGAACCCCGUCACCAUGGUGUUCAUGGGCUACCAAAGCGUGGAGGAUGAGGCGGAAACCAACAAGGUGCUGGGCCUGGAGGGCACCGUCAAGGCCCAGCUGGUGGUCAUCGAGGACGGCGAGGGCAAGAAUGUGACGGUGGGGCCCAACCCCGCCACUGUUACCGUCACCGAGGGAGGCACCAAGGAAGAGCAGUCGCCCCCGCCCAACGGCAACGCCGCCGACCCCGUUAAGACCCCCCAGGAGAAGGCCCCCGUGGGGGAGAAGGGGGGCGAGCCAGAGGGGGGCGCCACUGAGCUCAACAAUAAGGAAAAGCAGCCCUGCAAGUGCUGCACCAUCAUGUGAGCCACCGUUGUGUGGCCGCACUCCCCCCGGGACUUGACUUUUCAAGGAGAAAUGACAAAACAACAACAACCAUAACGUGAAGAAAACCAACAAAAACUCACCCCUUUCCCGUUAGCCCCCCUCCCGACAAAAAAAGGCAUAAAUGUUCUGUAUCUUUUGAUAGCCGGCUGUUGUUUCCCAACUUCAUUUUCAUCUCUGUUUUAUAUAUUUCAUUUCAUUUUUCUCCUUUCAUUCUUUUAACUUUUGUAUUAUUUUGGGUUUUGACUAAAACGGAUGGUGCCAAAGGUGAGCCAUCCCUGCMUUUUCACACUUUGAGGUUUCUGAGGGAGAGAGGAGAUAGAAAAGGAAAGAUAGAGGGAGAGAAAGACAGAGGAACUGGUUCGUUCACACGUUCACACACCCACAAGCUUUUUUUUAUGACAUCUCUAAUACACCGUCAUGAGUUUUGUAAUCUUAACUUUCUGUAUGAAGGACAGAUAUAUCUCUCUAUAUAUCUAUAUAUAUAUAAAUUCUUUAUUUUAAAGAUAUAUUUAUUUGACUUUUUUAUUUUUUGAAAAAGCCCUGACAGAAGAAGCAUGUUAUACAUUGUGCUUUCUGUCCUCUGCUAGUGCAUUUUAGAUAAAAACAUGGGGAAAUAUUUAUGACUGAUAAAGCUGUUAGAGAAUUCUCUUGGAUUUUGUUUUCCAGAAAGAAAAAAAAAGAAAAGUGACUUUGGAAUUUCUGAGACAGACACAAACCACACUGCUAUUUGGAAGUGACAUGCAAUGAGACGUGAUAUUGAUGACAUCAUUGUACUGUGUGCGUGUGUGUGUAUGGAUAUCCGUGCGUGUGUGUAUGAGCAUGCAUGGAUGUGUGUUUGAAUGUGUGUGUGUUGGAUUACAAUGGCCUCAUUGGUCCUUAUAUCAUCCUACACUACACUACCCACAAUCCCCAUCACCUCUUUUCUUUCUGGAAGAAAAAACAAUACUAGCUUAUUUUUUUGUCAUUUUCCUGCGCCCAAAUCAACUACACUAGUUCGACAACACUAGUAAUGAAUUGAAUAACAUGCGUGAAGGUCUUUCAUACCGAAGCUUGAGACUGAUGAAAUGAAUGCCCCUGUGUAAGCCUUGACGUUUGUGUGGUUCACCCACACUUAACUACAUUACCCAGAAUACAACUACCCCUUUAAAAUAAAUCAUGUUGCUUACUGCUGCCUUUGGUGAUAACAGUAUUAACUAUUUUUCAUUUAACUCAAUGACAUAAUCCAAGCUCUGGCUCCUGAUGUGAUGACCUACCAACAACUGUGUUUUYAUAUGAUGGUCGGCCUGGACAGGCCCUUCCAACGUCCCAAAGAUUUUCAGCUGYAUAUCAACUACUGUGGAAUUGGUGCAUAGAGCAUAGUCUGUUGUUUUCAACCUUGGCACAGCAUUGCAUAUACUAAACUGUGUUGCAAAUACUGUAAGAAGUUGCUCCAUUCAGACUUUUAGGAUGAGUGCCAUUUGGAGGGGGUUGGGGGUCAUAUUGUAUGUCGCCCUCAGAGUUGGUGUGGGAAGAGCUUCACUUUAAGAGUAUUUGGUUUCCUGUUAUAACUCUACUGUUAGGCCCUGGUUUUGUUGUCAUUUACGGGAAACAAAKCCAAACAAAAGUUGAAGUAGGCCUACUUUUCAUUCAGUGUAUCUAUCUAUCAACAUGCUAGACCUGAGGCAAAAAGCAUGGAAUUUCAACAUUUUUACAGUCCGAGAAGUUGACAGAAUCCUUUUCCACAGGGAGUGGCAAAUUUCGCUCCAAAUUCAAUGUUGCAAUAAUUGUUUUAUUUUCCUCACAGAUCAUUUUUUUUGCGGUGUAGCUAAAAUUGAACAGCUGUAUUUUACUUUUGUGUGCGUUUUUGCUGCGUUAUGAGUGCCUGUAGCUAUAGAAUAUCAUACUUCUUACUUAUUUUUGCCAUCUUGGAGCCAAAUUUCCAGCUGAGCUGAGGGUCAUGUUAUCAUUGUCCAGUGUAUUUUUCCAGUGGUGAGUUGAAUUGGUCAAGCUAGGAGCCAGAUCUUUUCAACCGACGCACUGACACGCUCAUAUGUAAACGUGGUCCAUGUACUAUUCGCAUGCGGAAUAAAACAAACAUUUUGUUUUCAAAGAUGGCUAAAUAGUGGAUGGUCUGCGUUAUCUUGAAGUGAGUCAAAGAUGUGAGCACUCUCCAGCAAGAGGUUGACCGACCUUGCGUAAUGUUUGCCUAAUCCUCGUUUAAUAUUGUUCCAUGUGCAUUUGUACCUAUCCAUUGAUAUUUAUUUAUAGGUUAUUUUAACGGUGUAGGUCAUUGGGCUCCCGAGUGGCGCAGCGGUUAAAGGCACUGCAUAUCUGUGCAAGAGGGCAUCYCUACAYUCCCUGGUUCAAAUCCAGGCUGUAUCACAUCCUGGCCGUGAUUGGGAGUCCCAUAGGGUGGUGCACAAUGUCCCCGGGGUAGGCCGUCAUUGUAAAUGAGAAUUUGUUCUUAACUGACUUGCCUAGUUAAAGAAAGGAUAAAUAAAAGUCUUUGUGAGGGUUCAAAACAGGAUGGACAAAAUAAAUCUGAUAACAAGGUCUGAUAAGCCUUGUCAGAAUAAUGCUGGUGAAUCCAGUGCAUUGUAGAAAAAACCCAAAUGGAAUAUCUAUUCAUUUCAUAAUGUAAAAUAUAUCAUGAAAUAAUGUAUUUUGCCAAUCCCCUUCAAUCCCACCCCCUCCUGCAUGUUCAAAUGGGCAGGGCAAUCAUUGAUAUGCCGACACGUUCUCCAAUAUGCUGCUCAGCAUCCAGCAAGGAGGAAGGAGCAGAAAACGCUGACUCAGUGUACAGUUAGGCCACGUGACAUGGCCUGACUCUGUAGACUGCUCUUUGUCUCUGUGAGUGGGCGCUGGUCAUGACGAGGGUACAGAAAUGUGCGUUACUCUAUAGGACUGUCAGUAUGGGGUGUUGGUCUGGAAGGUGUCCCGACAAACGCUGCCUUCGAUCCGCUCAGGCAUCGCUGAAGACCAGUCCUCGUCAAGUCAUAUUCCCACACUGCUGGAUCCAAACCUAUGCAAGAACUCCCAUGCUAACGAAUCACAAUCUAGGUAUAGCAUAUAGGACUAGCUACUGCAGCAGAUAAGAGGCUUUUAGUUAAUCAGUAUAUUACACAAAACAAUUAUCUAAAGGGCCAAGCAUUGAACCAUGGCCCAUCCUUUCCUUUGUAUGUGUGCCUUUUUAUUAUGCCUUUUUAUUUCUGAAAUACUUUCUAGCUAACAGCUCACUACAUAUACAGUACAUGUGGCUCAGUGGCUGUUGGUUGGCAUAGGUUAGGUUGGUUCAUUUCAAUAUUAAAGGUGGGGGAAAUCACUGCCAACUUGGUUGAACAUGACAUGUUGGAAUGGCUAAAUGUGGGUGGUGUGUUUCUGUGGUGCUAAAUCAUUGAUACUGUCAUAUCUGACUGCUGAAGUUGAGAUAUUAUGUUAGAUAUUAUUUUCUGCAACUUGUGCUUUAAGAAAAUCACAGAUAUUUCUAUUUGCAGUAGGAAACAGUAGCAAAGAGGCAUUUGCUAGACACCUCAACAAGGAAGUGAUUCAUUGGUUACAUUCCAAMAAUAUUUGAAGCAGAAACUGUGUUGUUUUAAAUGUUUUUCUUUUCGGAAAACAUUUGCAACAUUCAUCUCAAAAUGGAAAAACAUGAACCGUACAAAUGCACUUAGGUUGAUCGAACUGAAACCCAUGGCGUCCCUGGUCUAACUAUUCGCCCAUACUAUUAGAGUCAGAGAGAACAUUGGUGACCUUAACGAAAUCAAAUUUGUCCAUCCACUUUACAAUGAAAUAUGGUGACACUAAUAUGACGAUAGAGGAAAUAAUUACUUUCGGAAACAAGAUGACACUGUUAAACGUAUUUGCUCUAUUGGCGCUGCACAUUUUGCUUCAUCAACUUUGACCUUCAAGGUAAACAAAUGUCAAUGUCGUUCUUAUGAAGGGUAAUGAAUGCCAAUGCCAUUCUUAUCAGCGGUAACGCAUGGACACCUCCACUCGAAGUGCCCUCACUGAGCAGUAGCGGGAGUCAAAUGCAGGGUCAAAUAUUUUUCUAUCCCUAAUGUCUAAUGUUAGGAUAGGGGUAUAGGGUAAUCCGAUCCUAGAUCUGUGGUGAAGGGUAACUUUUACCUCGAGCGCCUGUUGAAUACCCUUCCUUCUUUGGCCCCUCCCUCUUGGUGAGCUUGGUGCAGCGGCAGUGAGGCUUGUCGCCCCUGGCAACCCCAGCUCCUCCCACUCUGCACUGCCUGCACCGUGGUGCAUUGCUUGCUGUUUGGGGUUUCAGGCUGGGUUUCUGUAUAGCACUUUGUGACAUCGGCUGAUGUAAAAGGGCUUUAUAAAUACAUUUGAUUGAUUGAUGACUCUGCAGCAGCACCCCCUGUUGGUUCUUAUCAAUAUUUACAUUCCAGUUCUGACUUUCUCUCUCUCUACACACCCCCAAUGCCUUGUAGUCUGGCCCCCGGCCAGGCAUAUUUUUGGUAAAUGCAUAUAUAAAUAUCUACAUAUAAAUGUCUUUGUGCAAAACAAAAUGUCUGUCGCUCUCUCAUCCUCUAGUGUAGACUCAUAGAUCCCUGUCCCUUCCCCAGUGACUCUGCGCUCAUGGCAGUCAGUCAGUGGAGGGCCCAGGUAAUAGAGUGAGUGCCCACAAACUGCUGCUUUCGUAUUGCUUUGUUAGUUGUGAAGGUCUGCUUUCUUACAAAUUGGAAAGUGCUGUAGAGGAAAGUGUUUGAAAAGACAAAUAAAAAUGUGAUGUGCUUCAAAGGUC